CCACCCAACUGCACCUGCGCACCCUCUAGGACUCCGUUUGGGAGGAGGGACUCCGGGUGAGUUCAGAGAUUCUCUUUGUAUCUCGCUUUCUGUGGAAGGUCAACGUUCUCCAUCUAAACUUGGUUCCUUUCUUAAAUGAGGUGUGCUGAACUUUGCUCCAAGGCAGCCCGGAACCACAAGUCGGGAGCACAGUCUUUUCUCCUUGACCCCGGCGAUCACUUCCGUUUACGGGUCUGGAAUACCUGAGACCUUUCUACUGCGAACGACGGGAAAGGAACUUCCGGUGUUUGUUGCCUAGGCGCCGGCCCGGUGGGCCGUAGCGACGUUUUUGGCGCGGUCCUCUCCCCUCUACCCCAGGGGUCAAGAUGUCUGGGCUCAGUCAGUCAGAGAUGGAAGGCUGUCGUGACCUGCUCAGCCUGCUGGACAACGACGAGAUCAUGGCCCUGUGCGACACUGUCACCAACCGCCUGGUGCAGCCUGAGGACCGCCAAGAUGCUAUUCGAGCAAUAUUAGUGUACAGUCAAAAUGUAGAAGAACUCCUGAAGCGCAGAAAGGUCCACCGAGAAGUCAUAUUUAAGUACUUGGCAACACAAGGGAUUGUUAUAUCUCCAGUUACUGAAAAACACAAUCUUAUUCAACAUGCAAAAGAUUACUGGGAAAAGCUAUCAAAGAUGAAACUGAAAAAAAUGCCAGAGCCAGUUGCAAAGAAGGAGGACAUCCAACUCUUUCAACAGGCAAGAGAAGAUAAAAAAGCUGAAAAAGUUGAUUUUCGUCGCCUAGGAGAAGAAUUUUGUCAUUGGUUCUUUGAACUUCUCAAUUCUCAGAAUCCUUUAAUGGGACCACCUCAAGAUGAAUGGGGGCCACAACACUUCUGGCAUGAUGUCAAGCUUAGGUUUUAUUACAGUACAUCAGAACAAAAUGUGAUAGACUACCACGGAGCAGAAAUUGUGAGCCUUCGCUUGUUGUCACUAGUAAAAGAAGAGUUUCUUUUUCUUAGCCCCAACUUAGAUUCUCAUGGACUGAAAUGUACUUCUUCUCCCCAUGGAUUAGUUAUGAUUGGAGUUGCAGGGACUGUCCAUCGAGGGGACACAUGUUUGGGCAUUUUUGAACAAAUCUUUGGACUUAUCCGCUGUCCUUUUGUGGAAAAUACUUGGAAAAUUAAAUUUAUCAACCUGAGAAUCAUUGGAGAAAAUUCUCUUGCUCCUGGAACAGUACUAAAACCUGCUGUUACAUUUGGACAGAGUGAUCUAGAGGAUUUUUAUAAUGUAAUCACUUUGUGUGAUAACAAUGAAGUAAGACUUAAUGUAAAGCAGGCAUUUGACAGUGGGACUGGAGACCAGGCUUUAUGUGGUGGAAAUGAGUCAUUGUUAAACAAAAGAGAGCCCAGUUUACCAAACCCUCUGAAGCACUGACACUGUGUAUCAUAUUAAAAAAUCUUUAUACAGAAACUCUUCCAAAUACAUCAGUAAUUUCAUAUGUGAGGAUUGACAUUUUAAUUGAAAUAUUUCUCUACACUUACAUGUAUGAAUGUUUGCCUAUAUCUGAGUUGUAGUAAAAGUUUGAGAACUUACUACAGUUCAUUGAAUAAAUCCCACUGUAGAUGUAGUUAACUGUGUGCCUUAGAAACCAAAUAGUAUCUUCAUUAUACUAUUCUACCACUAUCCGUACUUCCCAUGUGGGAAAGGAUUAAUAGUGUUCAGGCCUUCCUUAACUUACUCAUUUUUCUCUAAAUCCAGAUAUUGGAUAUUUUAAAAAUGUAUUUUUUUUAAACUUAAAUAUUGUGAAGAUAUUUAAUGUAAACUCAGGGUUCUCAUUUUAGAAAACCCAAGUGAUAUUCAUGCAAAAUCUAGUAAUUUAUCAGGGGAAGAAAAAUUUACUGCCUCUUUAAAUAUUUAUAGAACAUUUCUCAAAGUUACUUCUCUUAUUCAA